AUGAAGUACAGUCAUGCAACAUGCUUGCGCAUCUGGGAGAUUUGUCCUUUUCGGAAAUUGGUGCUGCAACGAGACGAUGGUCACGUAGGCGUUGGCAUUGCAUCCAAUUAUCGCACUUCAACAUCAGUGGUCCCACGUCUGAACGAUACGCCUUCAUGUGCUUCCAGGUUUCAACUGCUUCCACCAUUGCGGAUAGAGAUGGCAGUUAAGCAUGGACACAUAAGGAUCGGAAGUUUGACAGCUAGUCAGCCAAUGAACAUUUACCCUUUGGUGGCUCAGGUCGCAGCAACCUUCGAAAUACAUGCUACUGUCUUUUCAAAGUCUAAAUCAAGGGUCCCUGAUGAUGUCCAGAUGGGAGGUGCUGUGGAGUACCCUGGCUUUUUGACGCUUUUCAAGUAUUUUGUAGGUCUUCUUAGUGCCCAGUUGUCAGAUCAGCGUUUUGGUAUUGCGAAGCAGGCAUGCCAGCUUCUGAAUUUGCUCUCAAAAAAGCUUCAAAUGGCUUUCGAGUCCUUUGCAGAAGCAUUCAUACCGGUUCUAUUCAAAUCUGUUGUGAUUACCGUGGUUGGGAUUGCUGAAUCAGCCGACCACUGCAUAAUGACUGUCAGUGCUUCCUUGCGAUCACUUGAAUGUUCGUACCUUCUAAAUUUGCCUGAUGACUUUCCUUUGUUUUCUAUCCUCAAUAAUUUUAGUGUAGGCCUACAGAUACUGAUGAAUUGCCGCGUAGCGCGUGCACUUCCCCAAAUCAUUACGUGCGCAAAGCAUGAUCGAAAUCCAAUUUUGCGGACAAGGUGUUGUGAUUAUGUUCUACUGGUUCUUGAGAAGUGGGGAUAUUCUUCAGACAUGCAUCGAGUUCCUGAUCUCUACCAAGAGUUGAUUAUAUGGUGCACUCUUGAUGCUAUGGCUAAGGUUUGGUCAAGUGCAAGGGGUUGCUACCGAGUAUACUCAAGAUUUUGGCCAGACCUGGCACGCCGACUUUACUUGUUGCUUGAUCCUGCAGUUCAGAAGCUCUUGAAUGAUGAAGAAGGAUUACACAGACGAUUUGUGUCUCCACGUGCGCGAGAUGUGGGAAGCAAUCAACAAAAUCAGUUGCGACUACCUACCAGAAUACCUGUACAGUCAAGGCAAGCUUCAUGCAGAGGACCUUCACAUAAGCGGAGUAAAAAUGUGAUACCUGGUGCUGGAAACCCAAAUGCUUCAACCCUGAUGCAGAGGGAAUCUCUCGACAUGCCUCCUAAGAAAAAGCUGCAGAAGAUGAUUCUAACCAAUCAGUUGAAGGCUAUAGAUAUAAUACCCAAUGGUGGUGAUUCUAUUGAAAGCGUAGUUUGUGUACCAGAACACUCAGCCGGUGGUAGUUAUCGAGAAAUUCAUGCAUCUUCAUCUGCAAAAACCAUGCGGGUAACCGUUGAUUUGCAGCAGGUCUCGUCGUCCACAAAGGGGUCUUGCCAAAAUAACCUCACGGGAGGAUGUCUUAUGGAAAAGGGCUCAAAACCAAUUCCAAUGUCGGAGAUCCAAGUAGAGAUGUUAAGAAUCCCAGAUUUAUCCUCUUGCAGAAGCAAAAUCUCCUAUAGAAUGAAAUUCAGGACCACAAGGUCAGGAAAGCCAUCAGAAAGCAGUAAUCAAGAGGACAUUCAGCAACCAGGAGGUAUGGAACCUCAAGGAGCAAUGUUGAGUUACUCGGACGGAGUGAUGUCUUUGGGUGAUGCUUUGGCUGAAGGAUCAGGCUCUAAUAAAACUUUCGAACCAUAUUUGGAGAGGACUUUACCAUCUGUGUUUGCGAGGCUUGUGGAUACUAAAGUCACCAUCCGUCAACUUGGCUUAUCGGCUUUGGAGACAAUACGAGACACUUACAGCAUGGAUGCCUUGCUGCUGCUACUGCUUCGUUCCUUGGAUGAGCAACGCAUACUGAAGGCCAGAAUGACAGUGAUUCAGUUUGCACUCGCUGCAUUUGCAAAACUAGCAAAUGAUGGUUCUAUAAUUGGUCUCACUGGCGUUUGA